AUGACUACGCCAGACUGGAAAUACUAUUACGCCGACCCUAUACACACAAAACAAUUAUUCCGCAUAUUAAAUAAAGGAAUGGAAAACAUAUUCGAAUCUGUAGAACCUGAGACGACUGAAACAUCUGUUUCAAGCGAUCUAAGGGAAAAUCUACUGAAGCUGUCCGAUGCGGGUGAAAUCAAGUACACCUCAAAAUAUAUUAAAAAGGCAUCUGAAAAGACGUUGGAAAACAUAUACAAAGACUAUGAAAGACAACAGCUGGAAAACACAAACAACCAACUGACUGACGUUAUCAUCACCAAGUUCUCCGAACUCAUGGAAGCGCUGGAUGCUGUCAAGGAUUCCGAAGGAAUGAAAAAAGAACUGGAGGAAAAUGAUCUGCUUAGAAAAGAUAUAAAAAACCUUGUCAGUUAUGUAACACCAUACAUCCCACUCAUCGGAAUACUAAGUGGUGGAAUCACUGUCGGAAAGCACGUGAUCAGCUUGAAGGUAAGCUGUCCGGAAAAAGGGGAAAAUGCUGAUGCUUCUUAAAUUUUAAUGUUCUUACAGACAUUAAAAUUGGUUCUGCUGGCAUUCCCGUAUCCGACUAAUCCCGUCGCUGUAAAAGUCUCUUCCUCGGUACUUUAGGCUUUUCCUCCAAUAUAUUUGCCCCAUACAGCUUCACCUGGAUGGAGGUUAUACUGCUGGACACAUAGAUGCUUUCGAUCCUGACGAUCGCGUCAAGGUGAAACCUCUUAUCUUGAUACUUUCUGUGGUCCACGGGUUCGUCUCCUUUCGGGGGAUAGAUCUCCGUUUCGUCAACAAUCUUUACGUAUAGGGUCGGAGUGCUACCCUUCCGGUAAAGACAUUUCAUGACGUUUUCACCCGGCUUACCAACAUGAUCGGCAGACUCCUUUUCCACCAGUUCCAGGACUGACACAAACUCCUCCUUGUUCCUCAGGGCUAGGGAGAUGGAAUAGUUUUCCUUAUCGGACUUGCUGUUCCUGCUCACUCCAUAGGACAAGCAGUCCUCGAGUUUCAAUAAAAGUGGACCCUGAUCCUGUGCCGUUAAUUUAAUCUUCUUGGACCCGUAUCUGUUUCCGACGGCAUCUUCGAAAGCGAACGAGUCUUUGGUAAAGUAUGAAACUUUGGUAAUGGACAUCCUUUCUUUAUUAUAUACAUUUUUUUUUUCGAUUCAAAUCCAUUAAAAUAAAUUAUCUAAAAUACCUAAGGUUGUGUUUCAUAUGUUUACACCAAAAAUCUUUGGUAACACCCUUCCGACUAGCCCAGAUCAUACAAACCGAACAACGUUUCUGAUACGGUUCCGCCUUCGGCUUCUGGUUGUACACCCUCUCCUUAGUGUAAUGUUCGAACAUAUUCUCUCUUCCCAUUGUUUAUUAUACAUGAGGUUCUCUAUAAGACACUUCGUCCUCGAAAAAACCCCCCGGCACUUUCGGCAAACGACGAUAAGCGUGUUAUACUAUCCGACGGAAUACACACUUUAGCAAUAGGACACUACCGACUCUCCCGGAAAAAUUAAAAAAAUAGUUUUAGCUGUGAUGACGUGAUCGUUGAACCCUUUGGAAAAUGAUCACGUGAUUGAUGACGUCAUAAUUGAAUUUCGGAAAAGAAAUGCGUUAGAGGGACGGAGCGAACCUGAAUUAAUGACGUCAUUAAUUAAUCAACAUUUAUCGAACCGGUUUGAACCGGUUUAGAAAGCGGAUCAAAAAUGCGCUUGAACCCGCAUUUCUAUACUACUAAAAUUUAAUACAUGCAUGUUUAAGAAAUGGCUAUUUGUCACGGCCGAUGGAUAAUCCAAAUAAAUGCUGAUUUCCACUAGCUGUUGCGUUUUUCGUAUAGGCUACGUACGUACACGCACGUAAAACUUUGAAUCCUUCUAUUUUUCAAAUAUUUUGCAAAUAAGUUAACAAAUGCAUACUAAAACUUGCGGAACACUAAAUUCUGUUGCUUUUAUUUAUUUGGUUAUUUCAUAAGUAACAUUUAAACGGAUUUAAAGUUUACGUGCGUAUACGCGUACCUAUAUGAAAAACGCAAAAGUGGAAAUCAGCCUUAAUUUAACAAAUAUGCAUGUAUACACUUCUUAUAUAUACCUACUGACCAGGAACGGUUGCGAAAAAUACAGCACUAUAUAUAGGUCCUCUAGCUGGCAAGAAUCGAGCCUGUGCCGACCCUGAGAUUCCGGUGCAGCGCUCUAACCAACUAUUUGUUAUGGUGAAAGUAUUCACAAUAAUAACGGGCUACUAAAUAUUCUCGUAUAUGGAAAGCCGAGAUUUCCGCUAUAAACGUAAAUAAAUUUAAUCGAAAAAUCUGGUUACACCGGAUCCGAAAAGGUAAUAAUUAAUUAAACGGCAAGAAAAUAUAAAAUCCUUUGUCCUGCUAGGCAUGUAUUUUAAUUAUGACCUCUUCCCUAGUUCUUAUAAACUUCACUUUCUUUACUUAGAUAUGGUAGAAAAUUUUUUCGUUAACUGGCGGAAUGAACUGCUUCAUUUUAACAUAUAUCGUGUUAUCAGGUUUGUGACGCUACACGUAUUUAGGCUAUAUAUGUGCUAAAUUGCCUUAGGUCGGUUACGAAAUAAACAAGCAGAAACUCGACGUGGAAAGGGACCCUAGGAAAUAAUAUUUAUUUAUUUAUUUAUUUACUUUGCCAUCACUGACUUAUACAUUCAUUGGCUGGGAAACCACAACAGCUAUUGCCAAUUACAGCGGCCCCAAUAAUAUAAUACCUGAGUGGUCAAUUAAACCACACUUUGGUGAGAUAAAAUAUCCAGGAAGAUUUAACCAGGAAUAUGAAGUUAACCCAAAUACUGUAGUUAACCAGGAUAUUUUAACUAUAGGGUGUUUUUCAAGUGUAAUAUACUGGUAACGAUUCAUAACCUGAUUGUGUUUAUUCAGCUUUAUUUCCUCAGGCUAUUACCUCCACGAUGCCACUUUUCUAUUACAUGCCAAUAGACAUUUGGAAAGGGCGUUGUGAAAACCCGGAAUGCCGGAAUAUCACGGAAUAUGGCGGAAUAUCACGGAAUAUGGCGGAAUAUCACGGAAUAUGGCGGAAUAACACGGAAUAUCACGAUAGUUUCCCGGAAUAUACCGGAACAUCACAACAUAUUCCGAUGGUAGCCUUGCGACUGUUUAUAAACAUGGACGUCUGACAACAUAUUUUAUUAGAAAAGUGAUGGAUCUUUCCCAUUUUGACGGUAAGUAACAAACAAUAACUCUAUACUGGAAGUUUUAUAUGUUGUUUAUAUCAUUAUUACGUGUGUUCACCAAAAAAAUUAAAUCAAGAUGAUUAAUUCCUCCUGAGUUACAGCGUCUUGAAAAAUAAAAGUGCUGACGUCAGCAUUAUUUCGAACGCCUUCAGUACUGUGUUAUAAAGGCCCGUUUACACUUGCAAUUUUUGCUGCGAUUUCUACUGCAAUUUCCUCCUAAUGCAUGUGAACAAGUAGAUGAGUUACGAAUGUUCGGAGUAUAUGUAGUCUCUUCUGAACAUUCAUAACUUAUCCACUCGUUCAAAUGCAUCAGAAGAAGAAAAUUGCACCUAAAAUCGCAGUAAAAAUUGCAAGUGUGAAGGUUCUUACCUGAUUAAAUUAAACAACUGGCUCAAAGUUGCCUUUAUUUUAGCAUUUGAUUUUUGGAUAAAUGUAGCCUCCUCCGCAGGCAUCUCUUUAGUUAUUUUAGGUAAGUACCACGAGAUGCCUGCGGAGGAGGCUAGGAUAAAUGCUUGGUGGUAUAAAAUGUUCAAUUUUAACUAAAUUUUAUUUAUAACACAGUUCUGAAGGCGUCCGAAAAUAAUGCUGACGUCAGUACUUUUGUUUUUCAAGACGCUGUAAAUCAGGAGGAAUUAAUCAUUGAUUCAAAAAUUUGGUGAAAACUCGUAAUAAUGAUAUAAACAACAUAUAAAACUUCCAGUAUAGAGUUAUUGUUUGUUACUUACCGUCAAAAUGAGAAAGAUCCAUCAUUUUGUAAUAAAAUAUGUUGUCAGACGUCCAUGUUUAUAAACAGUCGCAUGGCUACUGCAUGGCUACCAUCGGAAAAUAUUGUGAUGUUCCGGUAUAUUCCGGGAAAAUGUCGUGAUAUUCCGUGAUAUUCCGCCAUAUUCCGUGAUAUUCCGCCAUAUUCCGUGAUAUUCCGGCAUUCCGGGUUUUCACAACGCCCCAUUUGGAAACCACAAAAUGCAUGUUUUAAAAUACAAGCUUGCCCCGUAAUUGUAAAGGUCAAUGUCAAUCGGUCAUAGGUCAAUGUCAAGCUUAUAUUUGUAACAAUUAUUUAUGAAACAUUACGACAUACGAGUCCACGUACGAAACAGAAGUGACAGAUUACUGCAAAAAUAGUCAUAUCGCAGUGUAGUUUGACUUGACGAAAUCUUAAAUCUUGUUACUUUAGGUUACAUCUCAGGGAACCAAGCUGGAUCCGUACCUGGUUAUGUAACGAUUGGAUGCUGGAAAGAUCAACUAAAUUUUACUCAUGAUGACUUAUCACAUCUUUUAUCCCUACAGUUUUCUAAUAAAGGAACCUUCCAAUCAAGAUUUAAACAACCUACCCAAUUGAUACAGAAAUGUUCAAAGUUUGUGACAGAUUUUGGAUAUUCAGUGUUUUUAAUGAACUAUAAUGAUAGAGGGAAGAAGGUUUCUUGUAUAACGGGUGCACAUGCUAGUCAUUUGUACACGAAUUAUCAAUCAUCAAUGAUUCAAAACUGUGAUAUCAUUCGGGAUAGAACAGAUAAUGCUUAUGUAUAUAGUGUGAUUGGUGAGCAACACUCCAUGAUUAUGCUUUGGCGUACGUGACUGCACUUUGGGCGCCGUUCGGUAAAAGCAGGGGAUUUUACUGUUUAAUGCACUUUUGUCCCAGUUGCCUCGUUUCCAUAUUUGUCUAUUUUAGUAUGGCGGGCAGACAUGGUGGUUACUGUAUCCGCGUGUUUCGUGCAGGAAAAUGUUUCUCCUGGAUCUUAAGCCCAAUGACAAACCAACCCUUAUAUACGAAACACGAUGGAACAAACAACUGGAAACGAGGCAAUUGGGGCAAGAGGGCAAGUUAGAGUACAGUCUAAUGGUUAGAGUCUCCUGAGCAAGGACAACUGAGUUGGUAUAGGGAUAAAACGCUGAAACUGAAAUGGGGAUAAAACGCUGAAAUGGGGAUAAAACGCUGAAAUGGGGAUAAAACGAUGAAAUGGGGAUAAAACGCUGAAAUGGGGGAUGGUCCGAUGAAAUGAAUACAUUGCCCGUCAAAUCGUAUAUUGUUUACACUGUUUUUAUUCGAUCUAUAAAUUGAAUUACAACUAUAAAUUACUUCUAAUUCUACACUAUACAUACUCUAAUACACAAAUAUGAACUUACUUCUUGGCGGUUUAACACAUUUUAAUCUACAUUUGCUUCGUAUGUUUUCCUAAGCACACGCCUUGUCCUCAUGUUGUUUUCGACUCGUGAAACAUGCAAACUGUCAAUCAUAUCCACUGUCUAUUAUUAACUAAUGAACUUAGAGAUUAAUAUUACUUAUUUUAUCUAACGUCAACAAAAUAUCAAUACACUCUCCGCCCCGAUGAGAAUGUAGUUCUCAUGCUACUAAAUAGCAUAGCUAGUUAUAGUUCUCUUUGUAACCUUCUUCUGUAUAAAUAACAGCAAUUCUACUUACAGGUCUCUCAUAUUCUCCAGAACAUGUCUUCACUCUGAUGUUUCGAACCUUACUGUCUUUACCAGGAAACACGUUUAUAACUUUGCCAAUUGUCCAGCUUCCUCGCACUGCAUUCGAGUUUUCAAUCACUACAACAUCGUCGACACGAACGUUUCUUCUAUCUGCAUUCCACUUUUUACGGGGAACUAACGCUGGAAAAACAUCUCUUUGCCAAUGUUUCCAAAAAUCAUCUACUAUUCUCUGAACAAACUCAACACGUUUACGUGGAUCUCGAGUCUCCUUGAAUGGUCCUUGUGGUACUUUCGACGACGCACGUCCAAGCAGAAUAUCAUUAGGACAAAUAUACGAACCUUCGUUUGGAUCAGUUGUAACGCGGCCAAUUGGUCGUUGGUUUACCAGGUUUGCGAUCUCUAAUAAACAGGUGUAAAGUUCAAACGGUUUUAGCUUCUGUUCUCCAACUGCCUUCUUUAGUGCUCAUUUACAACUUUUAACCAUGGACUCUGCACAACCAUUCUGGUGUGGUGCUGUAGGUGUAACAAAUUGCCAUUUAAUUCCUUUUUCUGCUGCAAACUCCCUUAACUUCUCUUUAUCCCAUCCUGCGAUCAUCUCCCUUAAUUCUCUUUCAGCCCCUACUAACUGUGUCCCAUUGUCACUUGGAAUCAACGCUGGUCUUCCACGAAUUGCAAAAAAUCGACGCAAGACUUGUAUAAAUUCCAUAGCUGAAUAGUCAACUGCUAGUUCUAAGUGAACAGCUCUUGUGUUCAAACAAGUAAAUACGACACCGUAAUGCUUCGUACUUUUGUUUCGUCCAACCUUGACGUGAUAAGGACCAAAAUAAUCACACGCGCUAUUAGUAUAUGAUACAAGACGAAUUCCAGGAAGGUCAGCCAUUUUCUGGGUUUCACACUUUGCUUGCAUUUUCUUGCAGAACACGCAUUCGUACUUGACUGAUUUAGCAAGGUUAUGGGCUCUGAGUAUCCAAUAUUUUCGUCGAAUCUUUGCUACAGUGGCGGCUACUCCAGAGUGUCCAUAUUGGUGGGCUUGACGAGUAAUCAGUUUAGAUAUCCAGUGAUCCCUAGACAAUAACACUGGAUGUCUGGUAUCGUAAGUCGCAAUGGUUUUAUCAACUGUACCUCCAACUCUGAUAACAUCUUUCGAGUCGGUAAUCGGAUCCAGCUUUUGCAAUUGUCCCUUCGCAAGACUGUUUUGCAGGUUUUUCUGGUUUUGCUUUAUCCAAUAGGUUUCUGACUCUUCUAGCUCUUGUACGGACAAACAACUACUUCUUUGGUUAUCUGGGUUUUCUGCUUUUCUUUUUUUCACACGAGCUUUCAAAUUCCAGUAGAAUCUGAAGACAUACGCUGUUACUCGCACCAGUCGUCUCCAGUUCGAAAAUCUCGUACAAUCGAUAGGGGAAGCCAUAGUUUCCUUCACUGUACACACUUUCUGACUCUUUCGAAUUUCCUGUUCAACUUCACCGUUCUCAACAGUUGAUGAAUCCGCUGGCCAUUCAUGUUCAGGUAAUCGAAGAAAUUCUGGACCUCGUUGCCAUCUCUUUGUCAGACUUUGCACAGGAAUCCCACGAGACACCUCGUCGGCAACAUUGUAUUCUCCAGGUAAGUGUCUCCACGUAGUUGGGUCGGAAUUACUUUGAAUCUCGCUCACUCGAAUUGAAACGUUUCAGCGUUUUAUCCCCAUUUCAGCGUUUUAUCUGCAUUUCAGUGUUUUAUCCCCAUUUCAGUGUUUUAUCCCCAUUUCAGCGUUUUAUCCCCAUUUCAGUUUCCGCUUUCAGUUUCCGCGAUUCGGUUACAGCGUUUUAUCCCUACCCCAACUGAGUGCCAAAGUUGAAGUGUUUGACUGGUUGUUACAGAUCCUAGCCGCCGCUUUGCCUCCCAAGGUACACCAGAACCAGAAGAUUUUUCAAUUCAAGAUCAAUUCGCAGAUUCUGAUAAUGUAUAUUCGAGUGUUGUCAUAUGUUCGCUCGCUUAAAUUGUCUGCAGAGAAAAUCAACCAAUGCUCUACAUUUCAAGUCCGCGCAAUUUUAUCAAGGCCGAGACGAGUAUUAAUAAGUCUGUGAUACAAGAAUUAAAAUAAUACAUAAACUUUGACACUUGGAGGGGGUUGUUUAAAGCUGGAUUAGCGCUAACCUGUGGUUACAAUUUAACCCGCUGUUUUAGUUUAUGUAUUUCUGCACGUCUGUUUAUUUCAAAACUUCAGAGAAGACAACUCCUACUGAUCCAGAUAAGAUUUCUAACGAAAUAUUUCCAAAUUUAUAAACAAGCUGUUGGGAAGUUUGCUUUGAAUUUUAAGUAAACCUAGGGUUAACCUAAUCGGCUUUUGAACAACCGGCCCCUGGCCUAUAUAAUAAAUGAUCGUUUAUAUGCUUAUACUUAAUUAUGCAUAUUAUAGAUACCUAAAUUACCUGUACCAUGAAUCACUCAUUAUGUUUAUAUUUGUAUAAUCAGGUGCACUUUCAGAUGAACUUAACAGCGAUGAGUUAUCCAACACAGGUGAACAACUCCUAGAAUCUUCAAAAGAUAUCAAUAACGAUAAGAUGGCUGAAAAUCUCGCAAAGGAAUAUUACCUUGAAAAUUCAUCACCAGGUAACUUAAACACCAAUCCACCUGUCGACUACUCUGUACAAAACCAAGAAAAAUAUUUUCCUGAUAAUUUUGAUAUGCUGCGAGAAGGGAGCAUCUACCGUGCCAAUAAUCCAAUAUCAAAUCAAUUUCAUCGACCCAGUUAUACGUAUGCACCAACACAGCAAGCUGGUUAUGGAAACGUCCCACCUCAAGUAGGGAGUAGCCCAGCAGCAACCUCGAAUGAAAACAUGCAAACGAGUAUAACUCUGAAUGAUCUGGUUAAGUCUUGGUUAAUAAAUACGGGUAAAUCAUGGAAACCUGAAACAAUUGGCGAGGAAAUUGAUGAACUCAAUUUGUUUGACGGUAAAUUAUUUUGA